AUGGACAUGGUGUAUAAUCUUGACUACAUUACAAGUGCUUCCAAGAAUCAGUGCAAUGCAGCUGUAGGCUUCAAGUGGAUGCUUAAUCAAGGUUUGAUGGCCCAUCAUGAGGAGAUAGUGGAAUUCCAAAGAAAAGGAGUUUCUGUAAUAUUCCUAUUAAGAAGGAAUUUCCUACGUAGGAUAGUGUCUUUGUUAGCAAAUUCCUAUGACAAAUAUGCCAAGCAACUCAAUGGAACCCACAAAUCUCAUGUCCCAUCCACAACAGAGGCUGAAGUUCUUGCCAAAUACAAACCAUGGAUCAAGACCACAUCACUAAUGGCAGAGCUAAAGCAAACAGAGGAGACAGACGCAAAAGCCAUUGAAUACUUUAACAACACUCGCCACAUUAUUCUCUACUACGAGGAUCUUCUCAAAAAUCGCACGAAACUCAAUGAUGUUCAAGAAUUUCUGAGAUUGCCAUAUAGAGAUCUGCAAAGUGUUCAAGUUAAGAUUCACAUUAAGCCAUUGUCUAAGCAAAUUGAAAACUGGAAAGAAGUAAAAGAUACACUAAAAGGGACCCCAUACCAGAGUUUUCUCCUCUCAAACUAA